GUUACUUUAUUUAGCCCUUAAUAGGCACUUACUCUAGUCAUUUAUUUAACUUCUUUAGAUGAGGAAACAUGUUUUAUGAAGAUGAACAUGUGCUCUUUAUGACAGAUUGCUAAAAUGAGGUGAAAUCAACAAAAUAAUUUGACUAAGUUACACUUCUCAAAUGGCACUGAAUUUGUGGAAUGACCCAGAAGGUUUUGGCUUGAACACUCUGUACCGCUGACAAUGGCCCGGAGUAAAGUCAACUAGCCACGUGAUUGAGCCACACUCACAUAAUGUUCUCACACACAUAUAAAACACAGCCCACUCCCACUUGGACACCAUUCUGCUGGACCUGUGAGCCUAAACAUACAGCAAUGAGCACUCUGGCUUCUGUGUUCACUUGCUCUAAUGGGUGAGUUCUCAUUUUUGAUUUCUCUCAGCUCCUCUUUCUCCUUGUUUGUCUUUGGCUUCUAAGAAAAUAAUACAUUUUUUGGCACAUUAUUGAAAAUGGAACUUGCUUAUGAAUCCCAUAUUCUACCACGUAUGGAUAACCCAUCCACUGUGCCACUAUUUGUAUCAGUUGUGAUCCAUGUCUUCUGUAAUCUAAGGUAGGGUCUACUCUCAUAAGCAGGUGGUGUCUUCAGGAACACUUGGGUCUGUCACAGAAAAAUGAAAGUGCAACAGGUCUGCGGCCUGUGGUGCACUGAACCAAUGCAUCUCUGUUACAAGUAGUACCAUAUUGAGCCCAUAUGUCCAGGUGCAUCAUGAUUGGUUAGCUCAAGUGAUUGAUCAGCGCCGGCUAACCACUUCCUGCAAGAUGGAUCUUUAUAGGUUCCCCCUUGACACCCAGAGCUGCAGCAUCACCUUUAGUCCAUGAUACACAGAGCAUCAGAUAUAAAAUUGCGGGCAUUCGCCAGCACCACUGCAGUGAACCACAAAACUAGGGAGAGCAUGACUACACUGGAUGAGUGGGGCUUCCUGGGCAUUGCUAUGACUGAGGAAGAACCAAAUUAUUGUGGUGAUGAAAGAUGGCAUUACCUAAUAUACAAGAUCACCUUGCGAAGGAGGCCACUAUUAUAUAUAAUCAACCUUGUGGUACCAAUCGCCUUUUUUCUUGUGUUGGAUUUGGCCUCCUUUUUCAUCAGUGAGGCCAAAGGGGAAAAGCUAGGCUUCAAAGUGACCAUACUCUUGUCCAUUUCUGUCCUAUUGUUGAUUCUCAAUGACAUCCUGCCCUCCACAGCAAACAACCUGCCAGUGAUAGCUCUUUACUGCAUUGUAAUCUUUGCCCUUACGGGCCUCAGCCUCCUUGGGACCAUGCUGAUGAGCUUCCUGAUUAAUAUGGACAGCAGGGUUGGUCAGGACGUCCAGACCUCUGCUAAGACCUGCAAAGAGACUGAAUGCCAAAGAGAGCCUGAGAGAGAUGCUGAGAGUAGCCUGGAGAAGGUGGACACCUUUAACAAGAAGGACCUCGAUGGAGACUGGCUGAACAACCCCCACCUGCUGCAGCUGAUCCUAAAGGAGGUGCAGAACAUACGGCAGGAAUGGUUCUCUGUUAAUGUGACAUGUGGCCAGAAGCCAGAAGCCUGGGUACCAGAAGCCUGGGUACUGGGAGAAAGUGGCCAGGCGCAUUGACCAGGCUUACUUUUGCCUUUAGCUCAUUACCACCAUUAGUUUUCUGAUAUUCAUAAGUUUCAUGUGGCUUCACUAACUGUACACAGUGCAUUUACAAUAUAUGAGGAUUUUUAGGCUCUUUGGGUUACUUAUAUGCAUAAUAUUGGUACUUAAAUGGUAAAUAAUACUGGCAAAUUCCAAUAAAUUAUUCUUUAUAAAUAGCUGUUUCCCUGCAAGACCUGUAGACUAAUCUUCAUUACCUAACCUGACUUAGGUUCACUUGACUACUGCUUCUGUUGUUAAGGCUAUUGUUCAUGUCUGUGAUUGAGCUAACUGAAAUAAAUAAAUUACUAUUUGCAACAUA